CGAAGCCCAAUUUGCAGACCUUUUAUAUAUACUCACAUGUUCGAUCCCGCGGAAGCUAGGGUUUAACUCGCAGGCAGCAGCUCAGCUCGUCGGCAUCUUCAACCUCAACCUCUGAAACUCCAUCGCCGGAGAGCUUCUUAUCCGUCAUCAUGGGGAAGACACGUGGAAUGGGAGCUGGACGCAAGUUGAAGUCCCACCGCAGGAGGCAAAGGUGGGCUGACAAGGCUUACAAGAAGUCCAAUCUUGGCAAUGAGUGGAAGAAGCCAUUUGCUGGUUCUUCCCAUGCCAAGGGCAUUGUUCUUGAGAAGAUAGGUAUUGAAGCUAAGCAGCCAAACUCUGCCAUUCGGAAGUGUGCUAGGGUUCAGCUGAUAAAGAACGGAAAGAAGAUUGCUGCCUUCGUUCCCAACGAUGGUUGCUUGAAUUACAUUGAGGAGAAUGACGAGGUGUUGAUUGCUGGAUUCGGUCGUAAGGGACACGCCGUCGGAGAUAUUCCUGGAGUUAGAUUCAAGGUUGUUAAGGUCUCCGGUGUCUCACUUCUUGCUCUCUUCAAGGAGAAGAAGGAGAAGCCCAGAUCUUAACAUGGGGGCAUUGCCUCCUAUAUUCCCAUUUUGAUAGCUCCUUUCCUUUUCACUUUUUCUUGUCUGUUGCUCUCCUUGUAAACGGAUUUUCCUGGACAAAAUUGAUCUAUCAUCUGAGUUGUAUGGAACCAUGGCCUUUUUGGUCUUCUUAAUCUUAAGUUCAAAAGUCCCAAAGUAA